UAUCACACUAUCUUGGUGCACACGUUGUGAUUGUAAUAUAGGCGCUCGCGUGCGCAGCUGCCGCCAGUAGUCUCGUGGACUUGAGAGAGUGCGGAGCUCUGUGUUGGCUCACCGGGUGAAGAGUUCUGUAUGACAUGUUGGAUGCAUGAGGGAAAUCAAAGUAACUGGUGUUGCCAACGCAAAUAUUAAACAUUACUCCUGACAUGAUGAAGUUCCAAGUCUUUUUAACCCUUCUUGUGCUUUCUGUUGGACUCGUUGCGGCGGAUCCAAGACUUGAAGCCAGUCCGAGUGAUAUAAGAAUUGAAGUCGGGGAUUCAACUACCUUCCGUAUAACGGCGAGGGAUUUGACAGAAGCCACAAAAGUCGACCUAUACGUAGAUAUAGAAAACUUGAUUCGUAUUGACAACAAUAUAAAUUUUAUUAUAUCCAAUGAAGAAACUGUGGAAAUUCGCGUGACUGGCGAAGAUGUCGGACAUGUAAUAAUUUCUGCAAAUAGCAGCGACCCAUCUGUCAGAGUGGAAGAUGCGUUUGUACGAAUUACUAUUCAGCACAGUAAAGCUGUGUACAUUACUAGUAUUGUUGUUGGCUGGGUAUAUUUUGCGGCAUGGUCCGUUUCAUUCUACCCACAAAUAUACGAGAACUGGAAGCGGAAAAGUGUUGUUGGUCUCAAUUUCGACUUCCUGGCGUUGAAUAUAGUUGGAUUUAUAUUAUAUUCUCUCUUUAAUUGUGGCCUGUAUUGGAUAACAAAGAUUGAAGAUGAAUACUUCGAGCGUUAUCCUGGAGGUCAUAAUCCAGUGCAGAUAAAUGACAUCGUAUUUUCUCUUCAUGCUUGUUUUGCAACAGUCAUAACAAUUUUGCAGUGCAUUUUUUAUGAGCGGGAAAAUCAAUCUGUAUCAUUGGUAGCCAAAAUCAUACUUGGUGUAUUCUUUGUGUUCCUGGAAAUCAGUUAUCUACUGGCCGGAAUUAAUGUUAUACUAUGGCUUGAUUUCCUGUACUAUUGUUCAUACGUCAAACUGUCUAUUACAUUAAUAAAAUAUAUUCCUCAGGCAAUCAUGAAUUAUCGGCGCAAAAGUACUGUUGGCUGGAGCAUAGGCAACAUUCUCCUAGAUUUUACUGGUGGUAUCCUCAGUAUGCUGCAAAUGAUAUUGAAUGCCUACAAUUAUAAUGAUUGGAAAUCCAUAUUUGGUGACCCUACAAAGUUUGGACUGGGGCUUUUUUCUGUGAUAUUUGAUAUAUUUUUUAUGAUUCAACAUUAUGUUUUGUAUAGAGGAGCAAGAUCUAAUGGAACUGCAUCUGGCUCCGGUUCAAGUGAUGCAAUUGUAGAAGAAGCUGGAAAUUCUUGAUGAAAAACUGUGUGAUAAUAAAAAGUAUUAUUUUUAUUGUAAUAUAUUUAAAUUUACCUUCUAUUGUAAUAUAUUUAAAUACAAAUGUUUAUUGUGUAAU